AUGAAGAAGAUCAUUGGGGAGAUUUCCAAGAAAGUGGCACAGAUCCAAAAUGCUGGAUUGGGUGAAUUCAGAAUUCGGGACCUGAAUGAUGAAAUCAACAAACUUCUGAGGGAGAAAGGACACUGGGAAUACAGAAUAAAGGAGUUGGGAGGUCCUGAUUAUGCUAGGAUUGGCCCAAGAAUGUUAGAUCAUGAAGGGAAAGAAGUUCCAGGAAACAGAGGCUACAAAUACUUUGGGGCUGCAAAGGACUUGCCAGGAGUUAGAGAGCUUUUUGAAAAGGAACCCCUGCCACCCCCACGGAAGACUCGGGCUGAGCUUAUGAAGGACAUAGAUGCUGAGUACUAUGGCUACAGGGAUGAAGAUGAUGGGAUUCUGGAGCCCCUAGAGCUGGAGCAUGAGAAGAAAGUUAUAGCAGAAGCAGUGGAAAAAUGGAAGAUGGAGAGAGAAGCACAACUUGCAAGAGGUGAGGAGGAAGAGGAGGAGGAAGAAAACAUAUAUGCUGUCCAUGAGGAAGAGUCUGAUGAGGAAGGUGGCAAGGAGAAAGAAGGUGAAGCUGGCCAACAGAAAUUUGUUGCACAUGUUCCAGUGCCAACUAAACAGGAGAUUGAGAAAGCUCUUGUACGAAGAAAGAAGAUGGAGCUGCUCCAGAAGUAUGCCAGUGAAACCCUUCUGUCACAGAGCGAGGAGGCAAAGACACUUUUAGGAUUGUAACAUUAAUGUUGGGGGUUGGGUUUUUUCUGUUUUUCCUUGUUAGUGUGGAAUUUUUCCCCAUUGAGUUUCACUGAUGGCUGGGUACUUGAGACAGCGGGGAGGGGGAACUCCUUUGGAUUUUGGGAGUUUUCUCUUGGGUGGGUGGAGGGCAGGGAUACCGUGAGAAUGGGGGCCAGGUAGAAGAGACAGGUUUGUGAUUAGCCUCUCUCUCUCGCUGCAGGGCUUUGGAGGAGGACUGUCAGACCUUCAGCUUGGGGGAAGGAGUUGGCUGCCACCACCAUAACCCAGCGGGGCACCUUUCUUCUGCUGCUGGGCCCUCCUACCCUGCCAGAACAUCCCGCAGGUUCCAGCUAUUGCCAGGGAGUUUUGAUACAUUCUCAUCCACUGCUCCAGGAUUUCUGCUCAUCCCUGCUGUUCCAGCCUCCUGCUUCUGAGAGUCCUGCUGGGGCACUGGGAUCGGCUGCCUCAGGGUUUGUGAAGCAAAGCCUCUCUCCUCUCCUCCAUCCCAGGGGAAUCACCGCGGCUGAAAGCUGGGACUGGUUCUGGGUUCUGUUUGUUACUAGUAAAUAAUUACAAAGCUGUAUUAA